AUGGCAUCUCUAGCAGUAUCAUCUCUCAAUCUCUCACACAAACCCCUUCAAUCAUCCUUUCUUCUCUCCUCUUCAAACCCUUCUUCUCUUCUCACUCUUAACUUUCUUCCCAAAAAAUUCACAAAAUCCAACAAACUCAGAACCCUAAUCGUUGCCAAAUCCAAUGACAGCGACUCAGCUGAUGCUUCUGACCGUUUAAUUUCCGCCCUUUGUUACCUCUACCCCUUUUUUGAUGGCAUACAGUAUGGAAAAUUUGUAAUCACUCAAUUCUACCCCAUUCAAGCUAUUGUUGAACCAUUGAUUCCUGCAAUUAGGGUUUUCAAAAGCUUUCCCUUUAAUGGGUUUCUUGUGUUUUUAACCCUUUACUUUUUUGUUGUCAGAAACCCUAAUUUCAGUAGAUAUGUGAGGUUCAAUACAAUGCAAGCUAUUGUGCUUGAUGUGCUGUUGAUUUUUCCUGACCUUUUGGAAAGAGGGUUUAAUCCAAGAGGUGGGAUUGGGUUGGAUUUGUUGAUGAGUUUGGAUAGCACUGUGUUUUUGUUCCUCUUGGUUUGCUUAAUUUAUGGCUCUUCUUCAUGCAUUUUGGGGCAAUUGCCUAGAUUGCCUAUUGUUGCUGAUGCAGCUGAUAGGCAAGUUCUUUGA